UCCGGCUCGUCCCGCUAGGUCGGUGAGGGGCUGCUCCCGGCAGGCCUCGGCUCCUCUCCCCACGCCGCCGGCUUCCUCGGGCUCCAAGCUCCGCGUCUCCCUCCGCCCCGCGCGGUUCCUGAGCUUGGUCUGUGUGCCUCAGCCGCCCUCCCACGCCCGACCGACAGUCCCGCUGUCCCGGGGCUGGGAGCUCCCAUGCGGGGUUCGGGUCCUUCGAGUCGCUCCCCAGCUUUGCCCUGGCAGUGACCGCUAAGGCGGGGUCCCUGGCUCCCCAGACCCCCGGCUCCCCCCCUCCCCCCCUUCCCGCUCCCUGGCUGCCGGCAGGCCGCGCCUGAAGCAGCUCCUCCCACAGGCCGCGCUCCCGGAGGAAGACUAUGGCUCCCGCAGCGGUGGGUCUCCCUCCGGCAGGCGCGUCCAGCGGCCUCGGGGACGUGAACGGCGCCCUCUGGUUGCAGAGCUUGGCGGCCCGGGUGGCCGGCCUGCCCCUGCUGAGCUCCGCAUGCGGUCUGUUGAGCGCGGCCUACGGGGACGCGAAGGGCCGGCAUCGCUACCUGCGGGCGGCGUGCGAGGCGGCGGAGCGGGGCGUGAGGGCCGCGGCCGUGAGCGGUGUGCUGCCCGUGGUCCAGAGGCUGGAGCCGCACGUUGCAGUUGCCAACACUUAUGCCUGUAAAGGCCUGGACAGGAUCGAGAGACUGCCCAUCCUGAAUCAGCCAACAGCCCAGGUGGUCGCCAAUGCCAAAGGUGCCGUGACUGGGGUGAGAGACACUGUGACCAAGACUGUGAUGGGGGCGAAGGACUCUGUGGCCAGCAAGAUCACAGGGGUGGUGGACAGGACGAAGGGUGCAGUGAGCGAUGGCGUGGAGAAGACCAAGUCUGUGGUCAACGGCAGCAUCCACACGGUUCUGGACAGUCUGGUGGUGCGGCUCAUGAGCAGUGGCUUGGAGACUGCACUCACCACGUCGGAGCUGCUGGUGGACCAGUACCUGCCUCUCACCGAGGAAGAGCUCGAAAAAGAAGCAAAGAAAGUAGAAGGAUUUGAUGUGGUUCAGAAGCCAAGCUGUUACAUUAGACUGGGAUCCCUGUCCAUCAAACUCCGUGCCCGGGCCUACCAGCAGGCUCUCAGCAGGGUCACAGAUGCCAAGCUGAAAAGCCAGGAGACCAUUGCUCGGCUCCACUCCGCUGUUCACCUGAUUGAAUACGCCAAGAGGAACAUGCACAAUGCCAACCAGAAAAUCCAGGGUGCUCAGGAGAAGCUCUGUCUCUCAUGGGUGGAGUGGAAGAGAAGCACUGGCCACAACACCGCCGACGAAUCCCACUGUGCAGAGCAGCUGCAGACUACAUGCCACGCCCUCCUGUCCAGCAUCCAGGGGCUGCCACAGGGCAUUCGGCGCCAUGUCGAAGAUGCGGGCCUGAUCGCGGGUGACAUCUUCUCCACGUUCCGAAGUGCCUCCUCCUUCAUGGAAGUGUCUGACAGCCUCCUGACUUCUAGCAAAGGGCAGCUGCAGAAAAUGAAGGAGUCUUUAGACGAUGUGAUGGAUUAUCUGGUUAACAACACGCCCCUCAACUGGCUGGUUGGUCCCUUCUACCCUGAGCUGACUGAAGCUCAGGAUGCUCAGAGCCAGGGUGCAGAGCCAGGCCAGCCUGGGCAGCAGUCUGGGCACAGAGCUCCUUAGUGCUGUCCCUAUCCCAGCUAACUUGGGUUACAUGGAAACUUACCUGACAGCUGGCUCCCAUUGGAAAGCAGAGAGCUAGGAGAAGGGGCUUCAGGUAUAGUCGUGUGCAGCUAUUCAGAGAUUUAAAGUUCAUCAGGUGGUAAGAAAAACAUGUUAGCCGAGUGAGAGCCUGGCCAGGACUCGGAUCAGGCACUUUAUGGUCUUAUUUUGUGGCCAUUGUGUUGCUACUGUUAGUGUCUGUUUAAACUAAAUAAAACUACCUUCCCAUGGGCUCUGUGUAAACUGUUGGUUGCCCUGGAAUAGUCUGAGUGGGCUUUCUUGGUGGUUUAUCUAAUGAUGCAUACUUGUACAACUUGAUUUUAGUUUUUAGUCUUUAUAAAGGAACACUGCCUUUGAAAUCAAUAAAAUUUCAAGUAGAUCGGU